UCAUCUAACUUCAGACAUAAUUCGUUGCUGAAUUCGAGCAUUUAGCAGUCGUUCAUCCAAUUAAACUUGAACUUUCGUGUUGUUUUUGUUAAUUUCACGUUAAUGUUGUUGUUCUUCUUGAUUGAUCAAUGUAUGUAUGUGAAAUGAACAGAGACAGUGUGUAUUUUGAGCGAAUUCUUUGUUUGUGAAGCUUGUGAUGUGUGAAAGUACUUAUAGUCAUGGUACUGAUUCUUGCUCUGUGCCGAGGUUUUGUUGGAUAGUGACAUUGAAUCGAUAAAAGGAAGAUAGGAAUAUGAGCAAUUCAAUAGGGCACUGUUUGCUUCCACCGACGGUUUUAAAGCAUCAAAGUCAGAAAAAUUCUACUACGUGCAUUGCCGGAAAUACUUUGUUUCAAGCUCAAGUGACUUCUCAGAUACGGAAGUCAUCGUCGUCGGCUUUGUCCUCUUUAUUAUCGAGCGAUUUCCGUGGUCAUAGACUGAAGGUGCGGAAAUCAGGAUUGCGGGAUAACCGAGUAGUUGUUUCUGGUCUUGUUCAAGCGGUUUUAACCACCGAUCAGACUUCCGAGCUGGGAGAAAAGUACAUCUUGGGAGGAGAUAUUGAGAUGCAGGUCGAUGUUAAAGUCUCUUCUAUUCCGCUGGUAGAGAUUCAGGUCGCUAACAGUAGAGACAAUCUAUAUCUACAUUGGGGUGGUCUACAAAAUAAAAAGGAGAAAUGGGUACUUCCCGGUCACCGUCCUGAAGGGACUAAAGUAUACAAGGAGAGGGCUCUUAGAACUCCCUUUGUAAAAUCUGGUUCCAACUUAUUCCUGAAAGUAGAGAUUGACGAUCCUUCGAUUCAAGCUUUAGAGUUCCUAAUAGUAGAUGAAGGGAAGAAUAAAUGGUACAGAAAUAAUGGCCAAAACUUCCACGUUAAGCUGCCUUCAAGGGAAAAGCCAGUCUCAGAUGUAGUUCCUGAAGACCUUGUACAAGUUCAAGCAUUUUUGAGAUGGGAGAAGAAGGGAAAACAAAUGUACACCCCAGAACAGGAGAAGGUUGAAUAUGAAGCAGCUCGUGCGGAACUAUACGAGGAAAUUGCUAGGGGUAGUUCCAUAGAGGACAUAAGAGCAAGGCUAACCAAAAAAGAUGGUACAACUUCAGAACAAACUGGCGUCUUGGACCCAAGUUCCACAAGAAAGAGCGACAUACCUGAUGAUCUUGCACAAAUACAAGCUUAUAUACGUUGGGAGAAAGCAGGGAAACCAAACUUUUCUGCAGAUCAACAGCUUAUAGAAUUUGAAGAAGCAAGAAAAGAUUUGCAGAAGGAAGUGGAUAAGGGAACUUCUCUUGACGACAUAAGGAAAAGAAUUACCAAAGGAGAGAUACAAACUAAGGUUCAAAAGCCGCCGGAGAAAAAACAUAACUUCAAUCAUAGGAUUCAGCGGAAGAAGAGAGACCUCAUGCAACUUCUCAACAAACAUAUUCCAGUUUCUGUAAAAUCUGUAGAGGAAGAAGUCUCCAUGAAACCAAAAACUUUGUCUGCAGUAGAACUUUACACCAAUGCCAUAGAGGAACAAAAAGGCAUAAAUGUUCUUAGCAAAAAGACGUACAGACUUGUUGACGAGGAGCUUUCGGUACUUGUAACAAAGGCUUCUAGUAAGAUAAGAGUUCAUUUGGCUACAGGCAUGAAGGAGCCACUCACCCUUCACUGGGCAUUGUCAAAGAAAGCUGGGGAGUGGCUGGCACCGCCUGAAAAUUUGUUACCACAAGGGUCUACUUCUUUAGUUGGAGCUGCUGACACACAGUUUUCUACUCUCUCUAUUGAUGAUUCUGCUAACAAGAUACAGUCGUUAGAGAUAGAAAUUGGAGAGGGCAGUUUUGUGGGGAUGCCAUUUGUUCUUUUUUCUGGUAAAAAAUGGCUCAAGAAUAAUGGUUCAGACUUUUACGUUGAAUUCGUUGGACCCAAGAAGGCAAUAAAGGAUGCCAGUGAUGGGAAGGGUACUGCUAAGGCCUUAUUGGAUAAAAUAGCAGGGCUGGAAAGUGAGGCACAAAAGUCUUUUAUGCAUAGGUUUAACAUUGCAGCAGAUUUGAUGGAAGAAGCCAAGGACACUGGUGAGUUGGGUCUUGCAGCAAUUCUUGUAUGGAUGCGGUUUAUGGCCACAAGACAGCUAAUUUGGAAUAAAAAUUACAAUGUAAAGCCACGUGAGAUAAGCAGAGCUCAGGAUAGGCUAACAGACUUGCUUCAGAAUGUUUACGUGGAUUAUCCACAAUAUAGUGAACUUCUGAGAAUGAUCAUGUCAACUGUUGGGCGUGGAGGUGAAGGGGAUGUUGGGCAGCGCAUACGGGACGAAAUCUUGGUUAUCCAGAGAAAUAAUGAUUGUGCGGGCGGAAUGAUGGAAGAAUGGCAUCAGAAGCUGCAUAAUAACACGAGCCCUGAUGAUGUAGUGAUCUGUCAGGCACUAAUUGAUUAUAUUAAAAGUGACUUUGACAUCAGUGUUUACUGGAACACUCUGAAUUCAAAUGGAAUAACAAAAGAACGACUUUUAAGUUAUGAUCGGGCCAUUCACCAUGAGCCAAACUUCAGGAGAGACCAAAAGAACAGCCUUUUGCAUGAUCUGGGGAGCUACAUGAGAACAUUGAAGGCAGUUCAUUCAGGUGCAGAUCUUGAGUCUGCAAUAUCAAACUGUAUGGGCUAUAAAUCUGAGGGACAAGGAUUCAUGGUUGGGGUGAACAUAAAUCCUGUUUCUGGUCUGCCAUCUGGAUUUCCGGAACUGCUUCAAUUUGUUUUAGAGCAUGUUGAAGAUAAGAACGUGGAAACCCUUCUUGAGGGACUGCUAGAGGCACGUGAGGAACUUAGGCCAUUACUGUCUAAACCAAAUGACCGUUUGAAGGAUCUCCUCUUUUUGGACAUUGCCCUGGAUUCUACUGUAAGGACAGCCAUUGAAAGGAGCUAUGAGGAGUUGAACAAUGCUGAGCCAGAGAGAGUUAUGUACUUAAUCACCCUUCUUCUCGAGAACCUCAUACUCUCAUCAGACAACAACGAGGAUCUGAUCUAUUGCUUAAAGGGAUGGAAUCAAGCAAUAAGCAUGUUGGAGACUGGAGAUGGUAGUUGGGCAUUAUUUGCAAAAUCAGUCCUUGAUAGAACCCGACUUGCACUUGCGAGCAAGGGAGAGCUGUAUCAUCAACUAUUGCAACCUUCUGCCGAGUACCUUGGGUCACGACUUGGAUUGGACCAAUGGGCGGUAAGCAUAUUCACUGAAGAAAUGAUUCGUGCGGGAUCAGCUGCAUCUUUAUCAUCACUGGUUAAUCGACUUGACCCUAUUCUUCGCAAUGUGGCUCAUUUGGGGAGUUGGCAGGUUAUCAGCCCAGUUGAAGCUAUUGGAUAUAUUGUGGUCGUUGAUGAGUUACUUUCUGUUCAAAAUGAAUCUUAUGCAUUGCCAACUAUUUUAGUGGCAAAGUCCGUGAGGGGAGAGGAGGAAAUUCCUGAUGGUGCAGUUGCGGUAGUAACACCUGACAUGCCAGAUGUUUUAUCUCAUGUUUCCGUUCGAGCAAGAAACAGCAAAGUUUGCUUCGCAACAUGUUUUGACACCAACAUUUUGGACGACCUUCAAGACAAAGAGGGGAAAUUGUUGAAACUAAAACCUACAUCAGCUGAUAUAACUUAUAGUGAGGUGCAGGAGGGAGAUCUAAGAGGAUCAAAUAACUCAGAAGAAGUUGGUCCAUCACCAAGCAUUAAAUUGGUCAAAAAGCAGUUUGCUGGUAAAUUUGCCAUAUCGUCUGAGGAGUUCACGAGUGAAAUGGUUGGAGCUAAAUCACGUAAUAUCGCCUACCUCAAAGGAAAAGUCCCAUCUUGGGUUGGCAUUCCUACAUCAGUCGCAUUACCUUUUGGAGUUUUCGAGGAAGUCCUUUCUGAUGAACUGAAUAAGGGGGUGUCAGAAAAGCUCCAAAUAUUGAAGAAAAAGUUAGUAGCAGGAGAUUUUGAUGUCCUUGUGGAGAUCCGCAAGACGGUUUUGGAGCUUGCUGCACCACCCCAUCUGGUACAAGAGCUUAAAAACAAAAUGCAAAGCUCUGAUAUGCCGUGGCCUGGAGAUGAAGGUGAGCAGAGAUGGGAACAAGCAUGGAUUGCUAUAAAGAAGGUUUGGGCUUCGAAAUGGAAUGAAAGAGCAUACUUCAGUACGAGAAAAGUGAAACUAGAUCAUGACCUCCUAUGCAUGGCUGUCUUGGUUCAAGAAAUAAUAAAUGCCGACUACGCUUUUGUAAUUCAUACCACGAAUCCAUCUUCAGGAGAUUCAUCAGAAAUAUACGCCGAGGUUGUAAAGGGUCUUGGGGAGACUCUGGUAGGAGCUUAUCCAGGUCGGGCGUUGAGUUUCAUAGUCAAGAAAGACAAACUUGAUUCUCCUAAGGUUUUAGGCUACCCAAGCAAACCCAUUGGCCUUUUCAUAAAAAGAUCCAUUAUCUUCCGAUCAGAUUCUAAUGGCGAAGAUCUCGAAGGCUAUGCUGGUGCAGGACUCUAUGAUAGCGUGCCUAUGGACGAAGAAGACAAGAUUGUACUUGAUUACUCAUGUGACCCAUUGAUGGUUGACGGAAACUUCCAGAAGUCGAUCCUCUCAAACAUCGGUCGUGCAGGAGAUGCUAUCGAGAAGUUAUAUGGAUCUCCACAAGAUAUCGAAGGCGUGGUACGAGAUGGCAAAAUCUAUGUUGUCCAAACAAGACCGCAGAUGUAAUCCAUUCAUGUCUAUCAUUCCUUAAUUCAUACAAAAUCAAUCGAAAUAUAUAUAAAAAGUGAUAAGAAUAAAUUGGUUAAGAUGAAGGUGUUGUCAUGAACAAACCUUAUUUGACUUCUUGGGUAAAUGUAAUCAUCUUCAUCUCCUAAUUCAUAUUUCUAGCAGUUGGAUAUAUUUGUCUUUU